GAAAUGGGAUUACUGUGUCAUAUGAUAGUUCUAUUUUUAGUUUUUUGAGGAACCUCCACAGUGUUUUGCAUAGUGGGUGUACCAAUUUACAGUCCCAUAAUGGUGUGCAAGGAUUCCCUUUUCUGUACCUCUUUGCCAGUGGUAUCUCUUGUCUUUUUGAUGAAAGCCAUUUAACAGGUGUGAGGUGAUAGAUAUAUCAUUGUGGUUUUGAUUUGCGUUUCCCUGAUGAAUAGUGAUGUUGAGCCCCUUUUUUGGUACCGUUGGCCAUUUGAGUAUCUUCUGAGGAGAGCUGUCUAUUAAGGUGCUUUGCUGAGUUUUUAUUUGAAUUAUUUGUUUUUUGCUGUUGAAUUGUGUGAUCUCCUUACAUAUUUUAGAUAUUAACCUUUUUUCAGAUAUGUGGUUUGCAGAUAUUUUCUUCCAUUCUGUAGGUUGCCUUUUCAUUAUGUUACUUGUUUCUUUUUUGUUUUUUAGAUUUUAUUUAAAUUCAAGUUAGUUAACCUAUAUUGUUUUAUUAGUUUCAGGGCUGGACUUUAGUGAUUCAUCACUUGCAUGUAAUACCCAAUGCUCAUCGCAAGUGCCCUCCCUGAUGCCCAUCACCCAGUUACAGCAUCUUCCCACCCACCUCCCCUCCAGCAGCCCUCAGUUUGUUUCCUAUAGUUCAGAGUCUCUUAUGGUUUUCCUCCCUCUCUGUUUUUAACUUAUUUUUCCCUUCCUUCCCCUAUACUUGACGUAAAUGGAACUAGAGUGUUGCUUGUUUCUUUUGCUGUGGAGAAACAUUGUUCCAUUGUUUUUGCUUUUGUUGCUUGUACUUUGGAUGUCAUAUCCAAAAUCAUUGCCAAGAUCAAUGUCAGGGAGUGUUUUCCCUGUUUUCUUGUAGGAGUUUUAUGGCUUAAGGUUGUCCAUUUAAGUCUUUAAUCCAGUUUGGGUUAAUUUUUGUGAGUGAUGUAAGUUAGGGGUCCAGUUUCAUUCUUUUGCAUGUGAAUAUCCAGUUUUCUCAGCAUCAUUUAUUGAAGAGAUUAUCUUUUCUUCUUUAAGCGUUCUUGACUGUAUGCAUGGGUUUAUUUUUGGGUUCUUGAUUCUGUUUCAUUGGUCUUUGUUUGUUUGUUUUUUUAAAGAUAUUUUUUAUUUAUUUAUUUGACAGAGAGACAGCGAGAGAGGGAACACAAGCAAGGGGAGUGUGAGAGGGAGAAGCAGGCUUCCCGCAGAGCAAGGAGCCCGAUGCGGGGCUCGAUCCCAGGACCCUGAGAUCAUGAUCUGAGCCGAAGGCAGAGGCUUAACGACUGAGACACCCAGGCGCCCCUUUUGUGUUUGUUUUGAUGCAAGUUCCAUAUACUGUUUUGGUGACUAUAGCUUGGUAACAGUUUGAAAACAGGAAGUGUGAUGCUUCCACCUUUGUUGUUCUUUCUCAGGACUGCUUUGGCGGUUUGGGGUCUUUUUUGUUCCAUACAAAUUUAAGGAUUGUUUUUCCUAUUUCUGUGAGAAAUGUCACUGGAAUUUUGACAGAGAUUGCAUUGAAUCUGUAGAUGGCUUUGAAUAAUGUGGAUAUGUAAUAUUAAUUUUUCCAAUCCAUAAACAACUAGAUAUCUUCCUAUUUGUGUCUCUGCUCUUUCUUUUAUCAAAGACUUGUAGUUUUUAGUGUACAUAUCUUUCACCUCCUUCAUUGGAUAAUUUGAAAGUCUUAAAAUUUGAAAAUUUUAAAUUCACAGAUUUUUUUUUCUGAUCCAUUUUAGUGUCAGUGAUUUCUAUUGUUUUUUUUUGCAUUUCAUUCACUCUAUUAUUCAGCUCCAGAAUUUUUGUUUAAUUUUUUUUUACUAUUUCCAGCUCUUUUUCAAAAAAAGAUUUUAUUUAUUUAUUUGAGAGAGAGAGAGAAAGAGAGCAAGUCAGGGGAGGGACAGAGAGAGGGUGAGAGAAUCUCAAGCAGACCCGGAGGUCGAUCCCACGACCUUGAGAUCAUGACCUGAGCCGAAAUCAUGAGUCAGACACUUAACUGACUGAGCGACCCAGGUGCCCUUCCAAUGCUAUAUUAAACUUCUCAUUUUAUUCAUAUAGUGUUUUUCUCAUUUUAUUGAAUUGCCUUUUUUUUUUUAAGAUUUUAUUUAUUUUAGAGAGAGCAUGUGUGUGAGUGGGGGGAAUAGCAGAGGGAGAGGGACAAGCAGACUCUACACUGAGCGUAAGCAGGAUGCAUAGCUGGAUCUCAUGACCUGAGACAAAAUCAAGAGUCAGACGCUUAAGUGACUGAGCCACCCAGGCACCCCUGAAUUGGCUUUUUGUGUUUUCUUGUAGCUCAUUAAGUUUCCUUAAAACUGCUCUUUUGAAUUCUUUUUUGGAUAAAUUACAGAUCUCCAUGUGUUUGAGAUCAAUUACUGGAAGAUUUGGUGUCAUAUAUCCUUGACUUUUUAUAUUCUUUGAAGUUUGGCAUUGCUGUCUUUGCUUUUGAAGUAGCCUUUAAUGACUACCUUUCCAAUGUGUCCAAACCUGAUUUUUUUUUGCUCUGGUGGUGUGCUGGAACUUUUCUGCAGGAAAUCUGGUUUUCCAAAAAGUCUCUCUCAUCCAUGGGUGAUUAUCUAAGACAGUGUUUUCCAGGGGCUCCCAGAUGUGUCGGAGAGGAAGGGGCUGGAACCAGUUUAUGGGCUAUUGCUGGGUCCACAGCUGGACAUGUAGUGAGUGUGCCCAUUACCCGAUGCAUGGGUAGGCAAGACUUUUCCUAGGUGCCUUGGUGUAUGGUCCUUGAUUCCACAGCUCCUACAAAGAGAUCCAUAGCAGUUUUGUCCCCACAAAUGACAUUGUAUUAUAAUUGUAUAUUUAUCUUUCUUUGAAGCAAGGGAUGUGUAUUUCCUUGUAUAUGGUUGGAUUUCAUAACUGUUCUGUGAAUUAAUAAAUGUUCAUUGAGAUGGGUAACAGAAUUUUACAAAAAAAUUGUUUUUAUUCUUUACCAGUAAAAUUAUUAGAAAACAUUGGCUUUUUAAUGGAUAUUUUAACUGGAUUUUUUAAAGUAGUGAUCCUGGUUUGCAUAUGAAGGAAGUAAGGAGAGAUGAAAAUGAAAAAUGGACAUCAGAAGUAUCUGUGAUUACAGCAGGGCUUGAGGAGGCGGAUUCCCUACCUUCUCGUCCAGUACAAGUGAAUGAUGACAACACUUCAAGUGAAAUGGAUCAGGAUGAAGUAAGGCCUGCAAAGAAAACAUCUCAUGAAAAGAAAGAGAGAAAGAGAGAGCAUGAGCAGGGGGAACGGCAGGCUGAGGGAGAGGGAGAAGCAGGCUCCCCGCUGAGCAGAGAGCUGGACAUGGGGCUCGAUCCCAGGACCCUAGGAUCAUGACCUGAGCCAAGGCAGACACUCAACCGAGACCCAAGGCGCCCCCAUUUUGUAUUCUUUUUUUUUGCUUAUGAUGCAAGAUUCUACUACUUUACUAAAAAUCCAGGAUGUGAUUCUUUCAUAUCAAAAAUUAGUAGAACUUAAAAAUCAGUGUAAACAACUUAAAAGAAAAAAUAAAGAAAUGGAAAAUAAAGUUAAUGGACUACAAAAGGAGCUAUCAGAAACAAAAGAAUUGAAAUUGCAGUUGGAGCAUCAAAAAGUGAAAUGGGAACAAGAACUCGGCAGUUUGAGAUUUACCUUCACACAAGAAGAAGAAAAAAGAAGAAAUGCUGAUAAAUUAUAUGAAAAAAUGAGGGAGCAAUUCAAAGAAAAAGAAGAGCAGUAUAAUAAAGAAGUUGAAAUGAAAGAACAACUUGAACUUCGUCUUGCAACAGUAGGUGCGGAAUUGAGGACUGUAAGAAAUAAUUUGGAUCAGGUUGUAGAAGAGCGAAAUGACGCUAAGUUACAACUUUCUCGAGAACAGAAUGCCAGAGUACAAGAUGGAAUUCUAAAGAAUCACCUUUGCAAACAAAAGGAGAUAGAAAUGUCUAAUAGUCAUAAAGAAGAAAAAGAUCUGUUGCCUAAAACCCACAUGUGGCAGGAUGAAGUUGCCAUGCUAAGACUGGAAAUAGACACAAUAAACAGUAAGAACCAGGAAAUGGAAACUAAAUAUUGUGAAGACAUUGAAAUUAUAAAAGAAAAGAAUGUCAGUCUUCUAAAGACCAUAAAACUGAAUGAGGAAACAUUAACAAAAACAAUAUUAGAAUAUAGUGGACAGAUUAAUGCCCUGACCACUGAGAAUACAAUGCUAAAGUCUAAACUGGAGAAUGAAAAGCAAAACAAAGAAAGACUGGACACACAAGUUGGAUCAUAUCGAGCUAGACUAGCUACUGCUCUAGAGGAUUAUGAUCAAAGUCAGGCGUCAAAAAGAGACCUAGAACUUGCUUUCCAGAGAGCAAAAGAUGAAUGGUUUCGUCUGCAGGACAAACUGAAUUUUGAUGUGUCUAACCUAAAAGAAAACAAUGAGCUUCUUUCUCAAAACCUUUCUAAAGCUGAAAGUAAAUUCAAUAGUUUAGAAAUUGAGCUCCAUCACACAAGAGAUGCUCUCAGGGAAAAGACUUUGGUUUUAGAAUGUGUACAAAGAGACCUAAGUCAAACACAGUGUCAGAAAAAGGAAAUGGAACACAUGUAUCAAAAUGAACAAGAUCAAGUGAAUAAAUACAUUGGAAAGCAGGAAUCCUUAGUGGAGAGAUUAUCUCAACUACAAAGUGAAAAUAUGCUGCUUCAUCAGCAACUAGAUGAUGCUCACAACAAAGCUGCCAGUAAAGAAAAUGUAGUAACUAAUAUCCAGGACCAGUUUCAGGGUAUCGUACAAAAACUUCAAGCUGAAAGUGAAAAACACGGUCUUUGGCUGGAAGCAAGCAAUAGAGAGCUAAUCAAUGAAUGUAAUCUUUUAAAAGAAAGAAUGUAUCAGUAUGAAAAGGAGAAAGUAGAAAGAGAAUUGCAAGAAGCACAAGAUCGACAUGCAGAGGCUGUAAGAUGUAUUGAGACGUGGAAAGAUCACAUGCAAAAGCUUGAAGUUGAAAAUGCCAAGUUAAAAGGUACAGUCAAAAAACAAGCGCGCAAAAUUGAACAACUUCAGGAAAACCUGUUAAGUACAAGUUUGAUGCUGCUGAAUUUGAAUUAGACUCAUGGCAUAUGACCUCCUCUUUAGAAUGUACUUACGAAUCACAUGUAAAUGACGAUCUACUAGCGAAAUCGUCAAAAGAAUUUUUACAGACUUUGAAGAAAAAUUAUAUGUUCUGAAAGAUAAACAGUAAAAUUUAUUUACUGGAUGUUUGUAUAACAUUUUAAUUGUCCUACUAAACGUAUUGUGUGAAAAUCUUGAAUAAAGGAAAAUACUUCUGGA